GCAGAGUACGAGUAAGAUGUGGCCCUGUGCAUAGAAGGGAGCACAAAGAAAAUACACUUACCCCCACGGAGUGCAGAAGAUCACUAAUUUUCUUUCCGCACUACUGUGCAAUCUGUUUUACUCCAGAUAUAGCACUUAGUCUCGCCUGAUAUUUCAAUCCAGACUGACCUCCUUUGCCUAUCUAUAGGAUAAACCACUGCCAUCAGCACCUUCCGAUGCCUGUGAGUAAAGUGGGGAGACAUCUUGCCUUUCUAAGCUACGUCCUCAAUGAUAACAACACAGCACCAUGGUGCGAAGGGCAGUGUCUGCAGUGGUGUGUAGCGGGACAUUAAAUGUGACACCAAUGAUGCAACGAUGGAAAGUUUUCAGGUAAAAAAGACAAAAGAGGACCAAGACAGACUAUCAAAUGCUGCAAAAUAAUUCCCUAAGUAACUGCUUAUUUUGCAUUGAGUGAUUUUCCAACAAAUUAUUUGGCAGCCCAUUCUGAAAGUCAGACAGUUGACCUAAGAAUGCUUUCUGUAGUUACACUGAAAGCACAAUUUUAUACUGUGACAGGUUACUAUAAUGCCCUUUCUCUAAGAUAGAGGUCGUCCCUACAGUAAAUCAUGGCAGCAGUGGAUAGUUUCCAAUUACUGUACAGACAGAUUGCCAGGACAUGUAACACCUACAUAGAAGCACUAGCUAUUGUGGGAGCAUGGUACGUGACAAGGAAGACCAUCUGCCUCAUCUGUGAUUUCUACAACAUAGUCCGACUUCAUUUCAUCCCAAGACUGGUAAGCAGAAGAGACCUGAUGAAACACUUCGGCAAAUGGGCCUUGGUGACUGGUGGAGCAGAUGGGAUUGGCAAGGCUUAUGCUGAAGAGUUGGCUCGCCAAGGCAUUAAUUUGAUUCUCAUUAGCCAUAACCGAAGCAAGCUGGAAUCUACAGCCACUGCCAUUUCAGACACGUUUAAUGUUGAAACCAUUGUAAUAGAAGCUGAUUUUACCAGAGGACGAGAAAUAUACCAGCCAAUCCGAGAAGCUCUAAAAGAUAAAGAAAUAGGCAUCCUGGUGAAUAGUGUUGAUGUGCCUUAUGAGCAUCCACGAUCUUUCUUAAAUAUAUCUGAGGACAAACUCUGGGAUCUCAUAAAUGUAAACAUUGCUGCAACCAACAUGAUGAUCCAUAUUUUGUUACCCGGAAUGAUACAGAGAAAAAAAGGAGCUAUUGUUAACAUUUCAUCAGGGUCUUGCUGUAAGCCCACACCACAGAUGGCUAUGUAUUCAAGCACUAAGAUGUAUUUGGAUCAUUUUAGUAGAGCUUUGCACUUUGAAUGUGCAUCUAAAGGAAUUUUUGUUCAAAGCUUGUUGCCAUUUCAUGUAAAAACCAACACAGCCACACGCACUGAUGGAUUCUGCAUCAACACAUGGCUAGCACCAUCAGCAAAUGUUUACGCACAUCAUGCAAUUUCAACCCUUGGAGUAUCACACAGGACAUCUGGUUACUGGAUGCAUUCUAUACAGUUUUUAUUUGCCCAGUACAUGCCUGAAUGGCUAUGGGUAUGGGGAGUUACUCUGAUGAACACCAGUUUGUGCAGAAAGGCAGCACAUGAAUCAUAACCCAAAGACAUGCUGGCAGGACAGCAAACCAUAAGUGUGUGCAGAGCUAUCACCACCCUGUGUCAGCAGGAUUACAUAAUAUACAAUGUUGUUUGUGACUAUAAAAAUAUUUAUUUUGCAAAAAACUUGGUUAACUGGAAGAAACAUGGAUGACGUGAUAUCCUCAUAUCUAUAAAACUCCCAAAAUGGAAAUACUACUUAUACCAGUAACCUCAUGGUAUUUUUGUUGCCACUCAUAAUUAACCUGUCCACACAAGUAGUUUAUCCAUACCCUAUGAGGAAAUAUUCCAAGGAGUAUUCCUAAACAAACAUUAAUUCAGUUGUCUGAGUUCCCAGAAUGUGAAUACCUCACCAUAAUUUUUUCAUUGAACAUCAGUAAUUAAAUACCCCAAAGAGAGUUUAAGCCACAGUUAACUAUUAAAAAGAUUGGAGGACUCAUUGUACUUCUUGUCUUCACCUGGUUAUCCAAUUCAAAAUCUAUAUUUUACAUUUGUUUGAAAGUCUGAAGGAUUUACAGAAUCAGGUAUACAUUCUGCUUCUGAAAAAAAUAUGAAUUUUCUAAUUAUAUAUUGUACAUCUCUACUGGAUGUUUAAAUAAGUGCCAUAUUUAUUAAACCUUAUGUAUUUACAUACAAAUUAGUUAUUAGGUUAGAAUGUGUUAGCUACACAUGGCUUAUUUGCUGAUUUCAUUUAUUGACUUACAAUGUUUGCCUACAGUUUGCUGUUUUUCUGGUCAUUAAUAUGCAUAUAAAAUUCAGAUUUAGUCCAAAAUAUUUACUAAUUUUGUUCAUUAAUUGAGCAAGUUUCAAUAUUGAAGUACAGCUAGACAGUAUUCAUAGGUAUUACAUGACUUCUGUAGUAUAGUAAAUAUUGAAUAUAAGCAUUUAAUGCUCUGUGGGUCACUUUUAUUAAAAAAAUAUUUGGUUUGUUACAUUAUUGUAACCUAUUGAGUGAGCUAUGUCCUUCAACGCCCAUUUGAUCACAUCCAGCUGGAAUACCAGGCUUCUCAUACUACUUAUAGCAUUGUUGUAGGUAAAUAUUUGUUUGUGCUAAUUUAAGUUUUACCAAGUAGAAUUUGAGUGUUGCUUAAAAGUAGUGUGAGGUAAGAUGCUCUAAUUAUGGUGUAAGGUUUUAUGGUCCUUUUUUUUCAUAUGAUCUGUAACUAUUAUUGGUGUUGAAGAAUGUCCGAUGUGGCCUUUAUAGCAAAUAACUAGAAUAUAUUAAAAUGUACAUUGAGUCAAAA